AAAUCCUGCCAGAAACCUGUGGACAAAUACAUUGAGUAUGAUCCUGUUAUCAUCUUGAUUAAUGCUAUUUUAUGUAAAGCACAAGCAUACAGGCACAUUCUUUUCAAUACAGAGAUAAAUAUUCAUGGGAAGCUAUGCAUAUUCUGUUUGCUUUGUGAGGCUUAUCUCAGGUGGUUGCAACUACAGGAUUCAAGCCAAAAUAUUGAUCCUGAUGACUUAAUCAGAUAUGCCAAGGAAUGGGAUUUUUACAGAAUGUUUGGUAUAGCUUCUUUAGAACAAACUUCAUUUCUGCUUGGCAUUUUUAUUACCUUAUGGUGGAUGAGACCCAAGAUGCUGAAAACAAAGUCUGACUUCGUUUUACUUCUCAAAGCACUGCUGUUGUCCAGCUAUGGAAAGCUUUUGCUAAUUCCAGCUGUUAUUUGGGAACAUGACUACACACCUUUGUGCCUUGCGUUUAUAAAAGCAUUUGUCUUGAUAUCAAACUCUCAGGCAAUUAGAGUUACAUUGAACUUGAACCGAAUGUUCCCUUGGUUUGCCAUCAUCUUUGGAUUAAUUUUGGAAAAUGGAGUGGUCUGCUUGUACCAGAAAAUGGGAUGGGAUGUUUGAAACAUCAGCUGUGAUCAGAAGAAAUACCGACAACGUGAUGAUCAUUGUCUAAGGACGGUCUCUACCAGCAGGCUCCAAAGACACUGUUUUCAUAGUGAUAAAGAAGGUGAUAGAUAA